UUAAUAAGACUUUAAGAUUAACUAAUAUUAUGUGGCUGCGAAUAUUGUGACCCCACCUGCACCGCCACAAUUUCUAUUUUUUUUGUCUAUAAAUAACAAGCCUAUUCUGCUCUUCUAACAUCAUCCAGUGUUUGAUUUAGUUGAUUAACCUUUUAAAGCUUUUGUGUGAUCAAUUUACAAGCUUCAGUUUCGGAGUGUGAGAAGUUCUCUUCCAGUUAGUUACAUGGUUGAUAUUGUUGAUAUCGACGUCCAGAUUCCAUCUGCUUUCGAUCCAUUUGCUGAGGCUAAGGACUCAGGUGCACCUGGGAGUGUGAGAAGUUCUCUUCCAGUUAGUUACAUGGUUGAUAUUGUUGAUAUCGACGUCCAGAUUCCAUCUGCUUUCGAUCCAUUUGCUGAGGCUAAGGACUCAGGUGCACCUGGAGCAAAAGAGUAUGUUCAUAUUCGCAUACAACAAAGGAAUGGAAAGAAGAGCUUGACAACAGUUCAAGGUUUGAGGAAAGAAUACAGCUACGAAAAAAUCCUCAAAGACCUGAAAAAAGAGUUUUGUUGCAACGGGAAUGUUGUGCAGGAUAAGGAGCUUGGCAAAGUGAUACAACUCCAAGGAGAUCAAAGGAAGAACGUUUCUAAUUUCCUUGUGAGUAAAGGUGUUGCCAAGAAGGAUCAGAUCAAGAUUCAUGGUUUCUAAGUUGUGGUGUUAUUGAAGCAUAUUAAUAUAGCAGUUGUUUGGAUUCGUUGUUAAGCGGUUGUGGUUUUUGAUUAAUGCCCAUGAAAUCUUGCCAUGGGUUUCUUUCGGAAUUGUGGUUGUACUCUGUUUUCAGAUCAUAAGAAUAAAUUUGUUUUUCUAAAGCAA